AGAGAAGGAAGGAAGGAGCUGAAGAUGAGAGUGGAGGAAGAGGGAAGAGGAGAAAGGAUGAGACGAGAUAAACCAUGUGGGAGGUGUAAAUCCUGUAUGGAUGAAGCGGCUGUGAGAGGAGGAGAGGUAUGAAGAAUAGGGAGCUGCUGGAGUCGUCCCGUGGGCAUGUUUGUCCUCUGGCCGUUCAGCCUGUGUGUCUCUGCCGUGCACACAGGAGGGAGAAGAAAGACCGUCUAAAAAUAAACUGACACCCACCACCAGCAGGAAAACAACAUCCGAACCGACAAAAACAGAGAAAAAGAGCAAAGAAGAGCCCUCUUUCCACCCUGUCUGCCUCUUUCUCUGCUCCAUUUCUGUUUCUGUGUCCUCAUUACGUGCUGAGAGGAGGUCAUGUCCCAGUCUGGAAAAGUCCUUCAUCUGUAUGUGGAAGUGAGGUCUGCCCCAGAUCAGAAUGGAGGAAAGAGGGAGAGUGAAGAAGGGAUUGCUCAGGGGCAUUCGGUUCAGGACAGUCCCGCGGAGCUCCUCUCUCAGCUAACGAGCCAGACGACACGCCAGAUCGUCAGCAAAGCCUCCACGGCUCGCCGCCUGGCUCAGGACUGCACGCACGGCCAGUCUCCCUAUCGAAAUACCGUUAGCUUUCAGCUCCAGCAAACCAGCAGCUCACCUACGAUCAGCAAGCGUUGGAGUUCACCCCUGCACCCUUCACCAGCGACCUCUUCGGGAAAAGUCAGUGUCCCUCACACCCCUCCUAUUCACAAGAGGCUUAAUGAAGAGGAAGUCAGUGAUGGGAAGCGGAGUGUGGUCACCUUCAGUUACGUCGAGAAGUCAAAUGUGAAGAAAGUGGAGAGUCCGCGCAACUCUGUGUGCGAGAGACGAGCCAGAGAGGAAUAUUCCACGCCUUCCCGCUUUCGAAAACGCCUCAGUGACCCAGUUUGGUUUGGGAGUCCCGAUUCAUCGUGCAGCUCCAGUCCCAAGCUGACUUUCCAGAGUCCAGGAAGUCACCAGCAGACGUUCUCCCCUGGCCUUUGCCAGCCACACUUUGACCCCAUCGGCAGGGCAGCUACCAAGAGGGCUGUAGAGGAGUUUGGAUCCCCCUUAUUGAGGAUUAAACUGGCCCACGCACUUGAGCACACCUCAGCUUCAUGCUACUACCAACAACCGCGCUGUCAGUCCUGGGCUGGAUCUCCCGUUCAGCGUCAGAACAUCAGCGUAAACCCCAAAGAUCUGGCUCAAUGUGGGCUGCCUCGGAGCCCAGCCUCAGACCAGCUAUCCUCACAGUCCAAGCAGUCCUCCCUUGAGAGAUCCGGGCCCCCUGAGCCCCAAAGCCCUCUUCUGGCUGGAAGUCCAGUUGUCAACAGACACAUUAAGAGGACCUGCAAUAUGAGCACUUCACCGCAGGGCGCAAUCCUCCAACUUGGCAAUAAUGGAGUCGACGGUUUGAACCAGUUAAGCAACAGCAAAUCUUCCUCUCCAGCUCACAGUCCUGAAGUUGCUCGCCGGCUGGCUGAGGAGGCCACCAAAGCAUCUUCGGUUCUCACAGAGGCGAGGAGGUCCUCGUUGCACAAUGCUUUAGGAGAGCUCACAAGCAGCUCAAACUCUGGAGAACCAGCUCCAAAUGCACAACAGUUUAAGCAAACGCUCAGAAUGAACAUCCCUUUAAACGACCAACAACACACGCCAGCAACCGACAACACAGACUCGCACCAGCCUGAAAACUCACAAUCACAAGAGACAAACUGUCACACUAAUCAUGACACAAUGCAGCAGAGCUCCAUUUUAUCAGCCACUCAGAAUUCCCCCGCCCUUCCUUCACGUGUCCUUCGUCCCUCUCAUCCUCCCACAGAGCUCAGCUCCCCCAUUAGGGACCCGAGGCUAUUCCAAGCUGAGCUCCGACCGCCAGAUACCCCCACCCUGCAUCGCCGUCAACCGCCACAGUACACCGGAGACUCCUGGUCCCCAGGCCUGGACAGGAGAGGAGAUCCGAGCUGUUUCGAGAAAGGGGAUUGCACAGAGCUCGCUCGCAGGCUCUUUAUCAAUCAAAGUGUUGAGGAGGCACCGGUCAGCUGGACUUCCAGGCAGCAGUGGGGGAAUGACAUGGAAAACAGCCCCAAGCCAAGCCCCGAGCCCGGAUUAGAGUCUAAAAGGGUCCAAACACCUGAUCAACAAUCCAGGCAGUGCCGCAGGCCUCUCAGCCCGACAGCACAGCAGAAGCGGGCUGAGCAGAGGAGGAGGGAGAUCCUUCUUCUGGGUCCCGUGGUCCUGGACUCUGGAGAGGAGGAUGAGGGCUGUGAUGAGGGAGGACAAGGUAACGAGGGGGAGGGAUACGGUGCAGCGCUGCAGCCUCGUUCACGGAGGGCCGAAGAGCCUCCUGAGGGGGAGCAGAAUGGCGUCAUGGGAGGGUCGUCACGCAGCUCCAGUGGGGUAACGGGGAGCUUGGGAGACAGGGACUGUGUGUCCCCAGAGUCCAGCCAGUCCAGUCACCAGAGCAACGAGACCGGGGCUGCCACCUCAGGAAUACAGACGGACAGUGGAUGUGCAGCGCCCAUGCCCUCGCUGCACUGUCAGAAGAUCGCUCGUGCUAAGUGGGAGUUUUUAUUUGGGACCCCUGCUGAGGAGGCUGCUGGCAGGGGGGAGAAACAUUCUCCAGAGGGAACCUCCACAGCUCCUCCUAGUGGUAACUCCAGCGAGUCUCCCACCCCGACUCCGCCAUCCUCCCUGCCUCUGCUUUCAGCCAACCACGAGGUGCAGCACGUGGAGGUAGAGCUGGUGACCCCUCCCCCAGCCGUCAUAGGAACAUCGCCCAAAACGGGCAUCAUUCGCAGGACACUGAAGUAUUCAGAAACUGACCUGGACGCUGUCCCGCUUCGAUGCUACCGUGAGACGGACAUAGACGAGGUGCUGCUGGCCGAGCAGGAAGACGCCGACUCUGCAUUUGGGAGCAACCGCAGCGUGCAGGGAACCUCAGGGACGGGCAGCAGCCCUCUGGGAGGGCUGGCUUAUGGGAGAACAGAUGGGGAGGAGGAGGCGAUAAGGGAAGGAAGAGCUGUGGAGGAAGAAGGAGAAGAAGAUGAGGAGGAAGAGGAAGAAGAGGAAGAAAUGGUGAGCUGGGCAAGUGUGAGGAUGCAGGGAGACAGCAGGAAGCAGCAGUAUGCAGCUGAGGAGGAGCCUGAGGUGUUUGGACACCUUCUGAAGAGACCAGUGGAAACCUUUUUCGACAACCACCAUCCAGCCUUGAAAUCCCCCAUCUUGGUAUCCGGACCCCGCCUCGCCACAGAGGACACCUUCAGUCGCCACUUUGAGAGCAUCAUGGAGUCGCAUCGAGCCAAAGGGACGUCAUACAACAGCCUGGACAGCGAGGAGCUGCUCACCUCCAGCACCCACACUGUCCUGACCUUUGACCUGCCCACGCUAACACCCGCUAUCCACGGCCCCGUGUGCCAGAGCGCCAGACAGAUCGUCCAGCUCAGCUUUGCCCCGCUGGCGCACGAUGAGAGGCCCAGUUUGUCUGACUCUAUCUUUACUGUGACGGGGGACUCGGACGCCACCCGAGCUCCCUCCAGCGAGAGGCUGAGCAGCGGAUCAGAUGAUACCCCGCCCAGAGGGCAGGAGCGUUCACAGCUGGGGAGCAGCUGGUACAGCAACCCCUCCUUCUCCUUACCCAGCAGGGAGAAGGCCCGUCUUGCGACCGACUCCGAGCUGGACCAGGACCUCAGCGACAGGCUGGGACUGGGCAGCAGUGACACCCUGACCAACGGCAGCCAUCGUGCCGACGUGGCAGCGGCCAAACGCCUGGCCAAACGCCUCUUCAACUUGGACGGCUUCAGGAAGUCGGAUGUGGCACGCCACCUCAGCAAGAAUAAUGACUUCAGUCGCAUGGUUGCAGAAGAGUAUUUGAGUUUCUUCAGUUUCACAGGCCUCACUCUGGACCAGGCGCUGCGGACUUUCCUCAGGCAGUUUGCGCUGAUGGGGGAAACGCAGGAGAGGGAGAGGGUGCUGUCACACUUUUCCAGGCGUUACUUGGACUGCAACCCAAAAGUCAUACCAUCAGAAGAUGCAGUUCACACUCUCACCUGUGCCCUGAUGCUGCUUAACACUGAUCUGCAUGGUCAGAACAUUGGCAAGAGGAUGUCAUGCACACAAUUCAUUGGCAACCUGGAAGGACUGAACGAUGGCCAGGAUUUUCCCAAAGAACUGCUCAAAGCUCUCUACAACUCAAUCAAGAACCAGAAGCUGCAGUGGACAUUGGAUGAGGAAGAGCUGCGGAAGUCGUUUUCGGAGCUCGGGGACAGCCUGUGUGACUCCAACACCUCCAGAUCGAUGAAGAGGGUGGGCAGCAGCGGGAAGCCCCUGUCGGAUGGGUUGCAGCCCACGGGAAUGCUGCUGUACAAGAACGGAUUCCUGGUUCGCAAAGUCCACGCCGACUCAGACGGGAAGAGAACACCGAGAGGGAAGAGAGGGUGGAAGACUUUCUAUGCCAUCCUUAAAGGGCUAAUCCUCUACCUGCAAAAAGGGGAGUACAGGCCCGAUAAGCAGCUCUCUGAUGAGGACCUGAAGAACGCUGUGUCCAUUCAUCACUCUCUGGCAAUGAAAGCUUCAGACUACAGCAAGAGACCCAACGUGUUUUACCUGCGGACGGCGGACUGGAGGGUGUAUCUCUUCCAAGCACCGAACGCGGAGCAGAUGCAGUCUUGGAUCACACGGAUCAACACAGUGGCCGCCAUGUUCUCAUCUCCUCCCUUUCCAGCAGCCAUCGGCUCGCAGAAGAAGUUCAGCCGGCCACUCCUGCCGGGGACGAUGUCGAAGCUGUCUGAGGAGGAGCAGGUCAGAUCCCAUGAAGCUCGAUUCAGAGCCAUCUCCACUGAACUGGCUGAGCUGCGCUCUUAUCCACCUGACCGCAAGGUGAAAGGACGUGAGCUGGAAGAAUACCGCCAGCGAGAUGAGUACCUGGACUUUGAGAAAACACGGUACGGGACCUAUGUCAUGUUGCUGCGAGCUAAAAUCCGAAGCGGCGAGGAAGACCUGUCUGUAUUUGAGUCUCAGCUUCUGGAGGACAACGGGCUGCAGAGGGCUCACUCCAGCCCCACGCUGCAGGACAGCAGCCAGGCCAGCCUGGCCAGCAGCACCAGGGACGGCGGCAACAGCAGCAAAGCCAGCGGCUGCAGCAGCAAGCAGCGGCAGGAAGGCCAGAGACACAGCUACCGACAGGCCGUCAAGAAGUGAGACGGGGCGGGGGCGCCGGGAGCGGCACGGCGUUGCACUGCCAGCGGCAGGCUGUCUCCCUGCAGAGGUUUUGUUUGGAGCUCUGCUUGAAUGGGGGAGCAGGAGUGAGGGUCUACCCCACGCCUUCCCCCAAAACACGACGCCCUACCCGGCACCCCAAUCUUCUCAUCUAACCGAGGAGGUGCAGAUCCUGUGACUGGCAGAGAGGCUAGUGCAGGAGGUGGGAGGGAGCGCUGGGAGGUCACGGAUCUGCAGACGAGGUGUCUUUGAGAACGUACGCUGGGUGCCGCAGCAGACUGUGAGACAGAGAGGCUGCUUACGGAUCGGACGGGGCAGCGCACAGGGACCUACAUCCAGCAUCCUUUCCUUUUUUCUUCCCCUUUUGUUCUUUCAAGGCACCUCCGGCCGCGUUCUCACACCUUUUUUCUUGACCUUUCACUCCGUUUUUUGGGACCAAACAUGUUUACACACACUUUGAAUUGUCAUCACAUUAUAGACGACUGACGAUUUGAUUUCUGUUGAAUUUCUGCCGCCGCUCUUGAGGUGAAGCGCUGUAAUAAUAAUUUAAAAAAACAAAAAACUUAGGAAACAUCACCAGGUCUACGGAGCCAUUACAUUCCAGCUCCUUUUUUUUCCCACCACGGUGUGUUCACAUUCCACACAGGAGCCGUAAAUUCCAGCGUUUAGCUCCUGUAUGUUUCGCUGAAGGUGGUUUCCAGUUAAAUAAGUGUGUGGCUGCAGUAUGCGACGUGACGAGAUGGUGCCGCUGCGUGCAGCUCGUCUUUCCUCCUUUCUCUAGCCAGCUGACGGCCAACUCGAGGCGACGACGUCAGCAGAAGUUCACAGUCCUCCUGAUAUGCAGCAAAACACUGCAUGACACAAAGAGAAAGAGGUCUUUUUUUUUGCUCUACUUGAACUCGAACAUCUCUUGCUUUUUGCUUCUGUCCUGUGAUGUGCUUAUGUUCUCUUUCUUGGCCGAAUGUUGUUUUCUGCAGUGAUCCGCAUGCCUGCAUCCAGCACUGCUUCUUUUAGGGCUUUUUACUACUUUGAAGGCAAAAAUCUGAGAGCGGAGAAACUGCUCUCGGUGAGGGGUGGGGAGCAGGUUCGUUCAGUCGCUCUCCUCAUGCCGGUGCCAUACCCAACACGUGUAAUCUUCAUCUGUACUUAUAAACCCGACUCACUGGACAGACCCUGAAUGUUCUUUGUUUUUCGAUAUUUUUACAGUAUUUUACAGUCAUUUGUUGGUGUUGAACUUCAUGUGUAUGUCAAGUGUAUGAAUUAUCUCUUUGUAAACAUCCAGGAUAUGUUGUAUAUAACGCACCAUAUAUUGUAGGAUAUAUGACAGUAUAUUUACAAUAUAUUCAGCACACUCAUGAGAAGCUGCAUUAGGUAUACACACACACAAGUUUGGAAAUUGCUACUUGGUAAUCACAUUACUUUAUUUUUUCUUACAAACUUUAUGAAUAUUAUCAAAAUAAGUCUAUCAAAGAUUAGUAAGGGUGAGUUUUUUUGCAGGAUUUUAGUGUAAAAAGAAAAUUCUUGUUAGGAUUUCAGCUCCAGUGGGAACUACUCCAAAGACAGAUCAUGCUCGAGGUUCUUUGAGAGUCAGCAGCCAGCUUGGUAAC